UGGCCAGGAACCAGUACGAGCGGAUGGGUAGCGACGUCACGAUGAAGUGCGGUUUCCUUGAAGACGAUGCGUCGGUGUCGUGGAUGAACGGCACGGAUGUGCGUGCGCGGCACCGCCUGGACGGGCCGCGGCUGGUCCUCACCCAUGUGGAUCUUGGACACAACGGCCUCUACAGCUGCUUCCAGAACCCUCUGGGGGAGCGCAGGGACACCAUCAUCCUCCGCAUCGGCACAAUCCCCAGAGAGCCUGUGGUGAGCUGCAGGUCCAACACCUACCCUAAAGGCUUCUACUGCAGCUGGCAUCUCCUCCAACCCACCAACAUCCCCACCGAGUUCCAGGUGGAGGUCCAACAUAACAGGCGUGUUCUGGACGUACAGAAGGACCACGUCCAUAAGUACAAGAUAUCCAUGGUGCUGUUCCCAGAGGUGUUCUCCAGCUUCCCCUACCGGGUCAACGUGACCGCCACCAACGCUCUCGGCUCCGCCUCCUACGCCAUCUCCUUCGAGGAGUCCAGCAUAGUGAAACCGGACCCCCCCGAGCGCGUGGUGGCGACCCCCAUCCCCAGCAACGUGCGGCGGCUCGAGGUGUCGUGGACCAGCCCCUCCAGCUGGCCAGAGGUGGACUCCUUCCCCCUCAAGUACUUCCUGCGCUACCGGCCCCUCAUCAAGGACCAGUGGCAGCACGUGGAGCUGUCAGAAAGCACCUCCCACACCAUCACAGACGCCAUUGCUGGGAAAGAGUACAUCAUCCAGGUGGCGGCGAAGGACACAGAGAUCGGGACGUGGAGCGACUGGAGCGUGGCGGUGCACGCCACGCCCUGGAUGGACCAGCCCAAACAGAUCACCUCCACCACCGACACCAGCGAGCCCCUCCUGGAGACAAAGCCCUCCCCCCAGCCUGCAUCCCCUGAGCCACGUAAUGGUGGAACUCCGGUGGGCGGAGCUUACAUGCCACUCCCCUUCUCCACCCCCCUGCUGGUGGGGGCGGUGCUACUGCUAUCCAUGUGAUGGAGACGCUGAGAUACUGGAGGAGGAGGAGGAGGAGGAGGAGCGAUUGAGGGAGAGGCUGAGGAAGAGGAGAAGUAUGAGAGGAGAUGAGGGGGAAACAAGGAGAAGAGGAGGUCACAUGGAGGAGAGAGGAGGAGGAACAGAGAGCCGAAGGAUGAGCAGAGAGGAGACUGUUGUUUCUAUGUUGCGUGCGUGAAGGAUAAAGUGUAGUCAUUCUUACUCAUCGCUCCUCAACACCGAGACGUAGACGCCAGGCUGGGAGGACUUGGGUUCACAAAAUAAAGGAGCCGAGACAGCGCCGCUCCACUGCUGCCACCUGGAGGCCAAAGCCUGCAGGACGUCUGGGGGACGGACCCGUCUCCUCACCUGCCCCUACACACAUCGCUAGUCUUCAUUUAGCACUCUUUUUUUAAACAUUGCAGCACUAUAUAUAUAUACACAUAUACACAUAUAUAUGUAUAUAUAUAUCAAGUGUUUGUGUAUCCGUGUACACAUAUAUAUAUGUUUAUAUAUUUGUGUAUAUAUAUAUAUAUGUAUGUGUAUGCGUGUAUACGUGUGUGUAUGUGUGUUUGUGUGUAUAUAUAAAUGUAUUCGAGGCUAGACGAAGCGUGACUGUAGCGGCCCCCUUCAUGCCAAAGACUCCUGUUCCCACACACACUCACACACACACACAGACAUACACACACACACAAAAACACAGAAGCAAACACACACACACACACUACCAAACUCACAUAAACACAUAAUCACAAACACACUUACACACUACCACACUCACAUAAACACAUAAUCACACACACACACACACACACACUUGCACACUCACAUAAACACAUAAUCACACACAGACACACAACCACACUCAGACACACACACAAACACACACACGCACACAUUAACCCUCAGCUAGUCUACAUGGACUGGAUCUAUCUGAAGGGUAAUAGGUUCUGGUCGCGGUUGGUUUAGAUCGUUGCCAUGGAUACGGCUCAGUGGAUGUGAGGUAGAGCUCCAUCGGGUCAGCAGGACCAUAUUGGUUUUACAUUGUAAAAUUCACGUUAACUGACGUCAAGCAACGGCACCUUCAACAACAAAACUUUUCUCUGCAGUACAUCAGCUGACAUCACUGGUUAAUAUAACCAGUUGAUAUCAUGAUAUCACCCGUUAAUGUAACCAGUUGAUAUCCUGACAUCACCAGUUGAUUUCAUGAAGGUAUUGGAAUAACGGUGUGCAUAAUUGUAUUUUGUUCAUUUCAAGGAAUAUAAAAAAUACAUAGAUGCUCUUAGUUUAUUUUUAUUUCAUAAUGGCUUAAUUAUCAUCGAUCCUAUUUUGUAAACUAUGAUAUGUAACUUUAACAUGGAACAAAAAGUGUAUUAUUUAAUAAUAAUAAUAAUGAUAAUAAUUAUUAUUAUAAUAAUAAUAAUGAUGAUGUAUUAGCAGUAGAAUAUCAUACCGGGCUUUUUUAUAGAUGUAUAUACAAUGAAAGGUUUCAAGUAUUAAACAUGACCAUUUCACAACAAA